AUGCACGACGCUUUUCAAGUAACAACAGUUGUCGAUAAACUUACUCGCAUCGAAUCCAUCUUUGCUCAUGGUGAUAGACUAUUGAUAGGCACUGGUGUGGGUCAGCUUCUUAUCUAUGAUAUCAAAGAGCCUUUAUUUGCUGAUGAUAAUCAAGUGCCUGAGGUUACGCUUGUACAAACAAUCAAGCAAUUUUCCAAAAAGCCUAUUGAGCAACUAGACAUUAUCAAGGAGAUUGACGUACUCGUAUCGCUGUCAGAUGGUUUGGUCAGUCUUCACGAUUUACGUACAUUUGAAUUGCGCAUGGCAUUAGGCAAAACCAAAGGAGCCAACCUGUUUGCUAUACAAACCAUGGUGGAGAUGAGUCCUGAAGAACAGAUCCCCGUACUAACAACACGGUUAGCUGUGGCUGUCCGCAAGAAGCUAUUUGUAUUUGUAUGGAAAGACACGGAAUUCUUCGAGACAAAAGAACUGAAUAUACCAGACCGCAUCAAAACCAUGUCGUGGGUGGGCACAACAAAGAUUUGCUUGGGAUUCUCUACAGAAUAUGCACUGAUGGAUGUGGAGCAAGGAAAGUUGACGGAACUGUUUGCUCCUACUGGUGUUUCCGCAGACGCGGGCCCCAUGAGCACGCUGAACAGUUUAUACAACAUGUCCAUUGGCGCAAGAGGUGGAAAACCAAUGAUUACAAAGAUUCCCAAUAACGAGAUGCUGCUGGCUAGAGAUCAUGUCAGUAUCUUUUUGGGUCUGGAUGGAACACCCACACGGAAAGUGGGCAUUGAAUGGUCAGGCCCACCCGAACAGAUUGGCUACUCUUACCCUUAUGUGAUUGCUAUCUUGCCAAAGCAUGUGGAGGUGCGCAAUAUUCAAACGCUCACACUGGUACAGCAGAUUGAUCUCGCCAAUACCAAGUUCCUCAAUCAGGGCAAACUCGUCUACGUAGCCAGCACUUCUCAAAUCUACCGCCUCACACCUUUCAGUUUCUCUGUUCAGAUUGAUCAGCUGGUGGAAAGACAGGAAUACAAAGAGGCAGUGAGUUUGUUGGAUCAAAUCGAUGCCGUGCUGGUAGAGAACAAGGAAAAGAAGCUCAACACGAUCCGCACAGCCUAUGCACAUGAUUUGUUCCGCUGUGGAGAGUAUGAUACAGCACUCGGCUUGUUUCAAGAGUUGGAUACACCCGCUGCUGAAGUCAUUCGUCUCUAUCCAGAGAUGAUAUCUGGCAGUUUGGCUGCUAAACAUCAUGAUCAGGAUGAAGACCAAGAUGAAGAAGGUUUGCCUGAGGACAGUGAAUUGCUUUCGCCUGGUAGCAAGAAAUCAACCGCCCUUAAUGACGAGUCGACGAGUCGCCCUUCCAGCCGCGCAGCAUCGAUUCGAAGCAAAGCAACGACCGUAGCGAGCCAUCAGAGCCAUCAACUGAAAAAGAAAGAGACAGUGCCCCUGACUGGUUUGAAUUUGCGAGAUGCUGUCAGUUAUUUGAUCCGUUAUCUUACCGAUAAGCGACAAAAACUAGCCAGAAGACUCAACAGCAGCGCCUCACUCAAGUCAGAUGGCAGCAGCAACAGUGGAGAUGGAGACGAUUUACUUUAUCAAGCCAGUUUAGUAGAUACCUCGCUCCUCAAAUCCUACAUGAUGACAAAUGACGCUCUUGUGGGCCCCUUGCUCCGAGUUCAAAAUCAUUGUGAUGUGGAAGAGUGCGAAAACAUCUUGAUGGAUAAAAAGAAAUACAAAGAACUGGUUGAUUUAUACAACUGCAAAGGAUUGCAUGCUAGAGCCUUGGAUCUACUAGAAAAACUAGGAAAGCAAUCAGAUGGGCCUUUGAGAGGCGUAUUACCUACCAUUCGGUAUUUACAGAAAUUAGGAUUGGAUCAUUUUGAUAUUGUAUUACAGUACUCUCGCUGGGUGCUGGAGAAGGAUCCCAAGCAUGGCAUGGAUAUCUUCAUCGAUGAUUUAACCGAGGUAGAGACAUUUCCACGAGAGAAAGUAUUGCACCAUUUGGAAUCUAUUUCAAGCGAUCUAGCCAUUCAGUAUUUGGAAUACAUUAUCGAGGAGCUUCAUGAUGAAUCCACCGAGUUUCAUAACAGACUUGUUAUAGCUUAUCUUGACAAAAUCAAUUCAGAUAAGCACGGAGUCGAUAAAGAAAGUGCAACUGCCAACGUGCGAUCUAGGCUUAUCUCAUUCCUGACUGAUUCGUCUUGCUAUAAAGCUGAAAAGAUAUUAUCUCGGUUACCCAUAGAUGAUUUAUUCGAGGAACGUGCUAUUCUUCUGAGUCGUAUCGGGCAGCACGAUCAAGCUCUGGAUAUUUAUGUAUACAAACUCGAAAACUACGUCAUGGCAGAAGAAUACUGCACCAAAGUCUAUCAAGAGGAUCCAGUCAAGGGAGAGAAAAUGUACCUAACACUGCUCAAAGUCUAUCUCCAACCUACAAGCAACCAGCAAAAGCCUUUGAUUGAGCCCGCUUUGGACUUACUAGCACAUCAUGGAUCUCAUAUCGAUGCAAGCCAAGUAUUGGCUAUCUUGCCUUCCUCCACUCGCUUGUUUGGACUAUUCCCGUUUUUUGAAAAGUACAUAAGAGAAACAAACAAGAAUCGCAAUAUGGAUCUAGUAGUGAAAAACUUGCUCAAAGCCGAGCAGAUACAGGUCGAGGAACAAUUGAUGUUUUAUAGGUCUCGAGCUGUCAAAAUCACAGAAGAUCGGAUGUGCCCUCAAUGUAACAAGCGCAUUGGAAACAGUGUAUUUGCUGUCUUUCCUAACGGUGUUGUCGUUCACUACUCUUGCAAGGAAAAGAUUGAACAAACGCAGUGGAAGAUUUUGUAA